AUUCAGGAGGAGAACCGGGAGGUGGGCUCUAUCGGGGGGCACGUCUACUAUGAAUACUUUAAAGCCGGCGCCGGACCCAUACUGUUCACGAUUACCCUGUUCUCGACAUUGAUAUCUCACGGUAUAUUACAUUACUCCGAUAUAUGGCUAACUAAAUGGACUGACAAAAAUCAAAUAGCUAGUGUAAUUGACCAUGAUACACGAAAUUAUUACGUCUACAUCUAUUCGGGACUAAUUGGGGCUCUGUUUGUGACGGCGCUAAUGCGGUCGACCACGUGGUUCAUGAUGUGUAUGCGGGCGUCCGUUAAUCUACACAACAGUAUAUUCUCGCGUCUAUUACGGGCGCCGAUAGCCGUGUUUGACAACAACCCCGUCGGUCAAAUGCUAAACCGAUUCUCGAAAGACAUGGGGAUUGUCGACGAAAUGCUUCCCACCACUGGUUUUGACUUCAAUUUUGUAAAUUAA